AGGAGAUGACGUGGAGGCAGUAAAUGAGGCAAUAAAUGGUUUCAGUGGACACCGUCCAACCGGCUAUAAGACUCGUGUAUGUUGUCCCAGGCGUCGGCGGCUGAUGUGCAGCAUGUAGCGUGAAGUUUAAAGGUCGUUUUUCCCAGCUUCCGUUUCCGAUGUCAUCUUAAUCCCCUCCAGCCACCGGAAGCUCUAGAUAAAGCCGAGGUUGCAAAGUGCGUCACAGAGAGAGAGAGAGAAAAAAAAAGAGAAAACAAAAACGAGCCUGCAGUCCAGCAGCCGACAGUCUAGUCUUCCUUUCUUCUUCUUCUUUUUCUUCUUCUACCAUUUGCACAAGAAACCCGAGCAGACGUUGUCCUCUCCAGCAUGGUGAAGAUCGCGUUUAACUCGGCUCUGGCGCAGAAGGCGCCGGGCAAAGAGGUGCCGGCCGAUGUGAAGGAUCCUGAGCUGGCCUGUGCUCCAGCGGGCAACGAGGGCUCCACAGGUCGCUGUCUGCUCACCCUGCUGGGCAUCGCCUUUAUCCUCAGCGGGCUCAUCGUUGGUGGAGCAUGUCUCUAUCGAUAUUUCACCCCCAAGAGGCUGUAUCACGGUGCGAUGCAGUUCAGUGACGUGUCAGCCGGAGCCGGGAGAGAGAACCAGCCGUACUACCUGCCGCAGGUGGAGGAGGAGGUGGAGAUCUCUGACAGCAUGGCCGUCAUCAGCGUCCCGCCUCCCCGCUUCAGACCCGGGGACCCUGCUUACAUCCUCCACGACUUCAACAGGAAGCUGACGGCAUAUCUGGACCUGACUCUGAGGACCUGCUUUGUGAUUCCUCUGAACACCUCGGUGGUGCUCCUCCCUCAGGACCUCAUCGACCUCUUCUCACAGCUGAUGUCCGGCUCUUACCGCAGCUACUUGGUGCACGAGGACCUGGUGGUGACGGAGCGUAUCGAUGACAUCAAGCCUCUGGGCUUCUACAUCCGCCGACUGUGCGAUGGGAAGGAAACGUACAGGAUGCAGCGCCGCUCCAGCCUCCCAGGUGGAGGCAUCCAGAAGCGCUCCGCAGAGGAAUGCUUCACCAUCCACCACUUUGAGAACAAGUUUGUGACGGAGACCCGGAUCUGCAAGGCUUGAUGGGAAAGCGCCGAGCAUCGGUCAGGGAGCAAGUGUGAGAGAGAGAGAGAGAGAGAGAGAGAGAGAGAGAGAGAGAGAGAGAGAGAGAGAGAGAGAGAGAGAGAGAGAGAGAGAGAGAGAGAGAGAGAGAGAGAGAGAGAGAGAGAGAGAGAGAGAGAGAGAGAGAGAGAGAGAGAGAGAGAGAGAGAGAGAGAGAGAGAGAGAGAGAGAGAGAGAGAGAGAGAGAGAGAGAGAGAGAGAGAGAGAGAGAGAGAGAGAGAGAGAGAGAGAGAGAGAGAGGAGAGAAAGAAGAGAGAGAGAGGAGAGAGAGAGAGAGAGGAGAGAAAGAAGAGAGAGGAGAGAGAGAGGAGAGAGAGAAGAGAGAGAGAGAGACCCCUGCACUCCAGUUUCUGCCUCCCUCGCUUUAAACCCCAGUGAUAAGUGAAUUUAAGUUCCAGCGUUAUAUAGCCUAACCACCCACCCCUGAACCUGUAUAAGUCAUAGCUCUCUCGCUCAAGUAUUCACUAGUUAGUCUUGUACUAAUAACCAGCGUCAGCCUGCUAACUUACAAUAUACUAAGUUUCAUUUGUUUUGUUGCUUUCUGUUCUGUUGCCGUAGCUUCCUGCUGAAUUAUCUCGUCGUCGUUACUGUAUUACAACAUCCACCGCUUGCGUCCUUCCACCCGCAAGGAGGUGAGAAGUCAUUCAUAUCAGAGCUGUGUGUCGGUCUGCUGCUCCCACCAGUUACGGGGUUUCCACAGCAGCAAGACACACCGUAUGUUAUAGUGGGAUAUAGCACAAGCCACCCAGGGAAUGUAAGUACGACACAGGUACGUGCGACACGGGGGUCCGUGUGCGCUAUGGAAGGCACCAGAGGGGCUCGAGCCCACGAGCUUUCAGUCACCCUUGUUUUCGUAGAUAUUUCCCAGAGUGCCCCGCUGCUCCCAGAGGCCUCUGCUGUCCUGCUGUGUGAUGAUGAUUUGUUUGAUGUUCUAGAUGGUGAGCGGUCCAGCACCCUAUCAGACUUGUGUGUUGUGUAGAAACCUCAUGCGUGACAGGAAGCUUGGAAGGACGCUAAAAAAGGAAGUUUCACCAAAUUCUAAAAAACACUUUUUUAAAUAUUCUUAUUUAUGAAUCUGAGCUGACGCUUGAUAUCGUUGGCUGCAAGUUUUGCAGACCUCUAUAUAUUUGAAAUUGUUACGGGAACAAUAUGUUUGUACAGAAUCCGUCAGUGAAUUUUGAAAGCCCUUAAGGAAAAGCUUGAAAGUCUGAAACGAAAAUGGCCUUUUGCCAAAUAAGGUCAAGUGGUUUUCAGUGGUUUCCCACUCGAUGCCUGCACAGAAAGACAAUCAGACAGGAAGUGUGUGUGUGUGUGUGUGUGUGUGUGUUUGUGUAAAAAUGUGUCUGUCUAACAGAUACUAGACGAUUAGAUAAAAAACAACGUUGUGUGCAGCUACUGAAACAUUCACUUUGUCGCUCAAUAAAGUUACAUUUCUUUACCUACUGAA